UUCAACCAAACCCAUCCAUUAAUCUUCAACUACAAAGCAAGAAUGGUGGCGUCACUCUUCUCUGCAAGAAACGCUUUCUUUAUAAGCUUAUGCUUAUUUGCAGCAUUGUACCGGUCGGUUUUAAGUAGACCGGCUAGGUUUGAGGAUGACUUUAGGAUCACUUGGUCAGAUGCUCAUAUCACUCAACUCGAUGGAGGAAGAGCCAUUCAGCUCAAAUUAGACCCUAGCUCAGGAUGUGGGUUCGCUUCGAAGAAGCAGUACUUGUUUGGCCGCGUGAGCAUGAAAAUCAAACUCAUCCCCGGUGAUUCGGCGGGAACUGUUGCAGCCUUCUAUAUGAAUUCGGAUACGGAUUCUAUAAGAGACGAGCUAGAUUUUGAGUUCUUGGGAAAUCGAAGUGGACAACCGUACACUGUGCAAACAAACGUGUUUGCUCAUGGUAAAGGCGAUAGAGAACAAAGAGUUAACCUUUGGUUUGACCCUUCUCGUGAUUUCCAUGAGUACGCCAUUUCAUGGAACCAUCUCCGUAUUGUGUUCUACGUAGACAAUGUGCCCAUUAGGGUUUAUAAGAACAAUGAGGCGAGGAAAGUUCCAUACCCGAGAUUCCAACCAAUGGGUGUAUAUUCGACGUUGUGGGAAGCAGAUGAUUGGGCAACUCGUGGAGGAAUGGAGAAAAUCAAUUGGUCGGGAGCACCAUUUUAUGCUUACUACAAAGAUUUUGAUAUAGAAGGAUGUCCGGUUCCGGGACCAGCAAAUUGUCCCGCUAAUCCUAAAAAUUGGUGGGAAGGCAGUGCAUACCACCAAUUGAGUCCGGUAGAGGCUCGAGGUUAUAGAUGGGUCCGAGUAAACCAUAUGGUUUAUGAUUAUUGUACCGAUAAGUCUCGGUUCCCUAUUCCUCCCCCAGAAUGCUCGGCUGGAAUAUGAUCCAAACAAAUGCUGUCAUAAAAGCAAGAAAAAGUGCCAAGUGGUUAUUCCAUAGGGGACGUUGCAGUGUAUGUGAAGUUGUUUCUUUUUAGUUAAAAGGCCCUUUGUAUGUGAAGGCCUUUGUAUGUGAAGUUGUUGAUGAAUCUUGUGGUGUAUGACGAUCGAACUGUAAUCGAUCUGAUUGUGAUCAAAUGUUCAUAUAUUUUGUCUCUUUAAAUUUUUCCAUUAUGUAUUUUGUCUUAUUAAUGAUUUCUAUUAUUAAUAAUGUUAAGAGAAAUAAUCAUGUUUGUAUGUAA